AUGCCGAGUUAUCAAUUGUGUUUGGUUUUAAAGUCUGCUUUAAAUCGGACUGAACUUCAUCAUGCACUUCGGAGAAGCUGUGAAACUAUUUUGCAACGACAAGGCAUUAUCAGAUCAUUAGAGAACAUGGGUCAUAAACCUCUUCCAAAUCGAAUAAAGAAAUAUGGAGAAUAUCAUCUAAAAGGAAGAUAUUUUUUGGUCAAUUAUGAAAGUUCAGCUUCCAUUCAAAGUGAUAUAAAAGAAUACCUCCACCGAGAUAUUGAUGUUCUUGCACCAAACAUCAUUUUAAGAAAAGAAGAGGAAACCUACUCUCCUGAAUUUACACCCUUUGAUGACCGCAUAAUGACGUUCACUCCCCACUUCGCACCUCUCUCGUGCAUUACCCCGAAGGUGACUUGUCUUGCCGGCUGUGGACUUGUUACACAAGUGACACGAACAAUAUGCUUGUCACAACCUUGA